UUUCCUCGUUGGCGGCUUUAGAUAACAACACCAACAUUUGCCCUGUUCUCUCCGAUUGUCUUCGCUAUAUCAAUAACUUAUUUUGACCUAAAACUAAGCCUUCCUACAGAAAUUUUCAUAUCCGAUUUCACAUUAUACCCUGCUCUCGAGGCUUUUUGAAAAAUUCUCAUGGAUGUGAUUAUUGAUUACAGGAGAGCAUUAAAAAGUAAGUUUAGAUUGCCGAAAAUUAACACAACUCGUAUUUUCUGA